CACCGGCAGUGCCCGCCGUCCUGUGCCUCCUUCCACUUACAGCAAGAGGCCGUCGCGUGGUUUCGGGGCCUUGAUUCGGCACCAUCAAUUCCCUUACAAAAGGCCCCGUAUUCCUCCUUCCUUGUUCCCUGUCACUGCAGCAUACCUCCCAUCUCCAUCAUGUCCACCAAUAGCAUCCAUACCAACGGCGCCGCUCGGGAGCCGAUCGAUCAUCUCGUCGGACAGGUCACGCAAGCUGCAGAUGCAUUUCAGAAUAGCCACAACGAAGCGGAUCGCUUAGCCGCACUCCAGGCGGCGCAGAGGCUAGUGACGGUGUUUCAAAAACCACAAGAUGCAGUGUAUAAUCUAGCUUAUUCGCCCACCCACGUUAUGUGUGUGCGGAUCGCAAUGGAUCUGGAGAUUUUCUCGACCCUGAGCGAGCGAAAUGGACCAGUGUCCCUGGAGGAACUGGCGGCUGUCAAGGGAGCUGAUUUAACGCUUACAGAGCGCGUGUUGCGCAUCUUGGCAGGAAUCGGGUACGUUGCGGAGCAGGAUGUCAGGGUGUACAUCCCCACAACAAUGACCCGGCAGAUGACGGACAGAUUGAGUGGGGCAGUGGUACGCUUUAUUUUCGAUGUCGGCAUGCCCACUUUGGCCAAGGUGCCCGAGUUUCUGCGCACCACCAAAUUCCGGAACCCAUCCGGAGCCCUGAAUGGUGCGCUACAAUAUGCAGAGAAGACAGACAUGGCGUUGUGGGAUUGGGUGCUCACAAAGCCUGGUUAUGUGGACGCCACCAAUACGUUCAUGGAGGCGGAUCGGGGCAGUCGCCCCAGCUGGCUGGAGUGGUUUCCCGUGCAGGAGCAAAUCAUCGAUGGCUUCAGCGAGAGUGAAAGUGAUGUUCUUAUUGUGGAUGUAGCUGGUGGACGAGGCCAUGAUCUGGCCGCACUCCAGAGCAAAUUCUCUGGCGCACCAGGACGUCUCAUCUUGGAAGAUUUGCCUCAUGUGGUCGCUGAGGCUACUCAACAUUCGAAGAUUGAGCAUUUAGCAUUUGACUUGUUCAAACCUCAGCCGGUUCAAGGCGCGCGGGCCUAUUACAUGAAAUUCAUUUUGCAUGACUGGUCAGACGAGGAAAGCCGCCAGAUUCUUACCCAUCUCGCUGCAGCCAUGAAGGCGGGAUAUUCCAAGCUGAUUAUCGAAGAGUUCGUUUUGGCCGACAAGGAUUGUGCGAUGCUGCCGGCCAUGUGGGACUGGGAGAUGUUGGUUUUCUGCAACAGCAUGGAACGGACUGCCAGCCAGUGGACCAAGGUGUUGGAUUCGGCUGGGUUCCGUGUAGUCAAGUUCUGGGCUCCCCCUGGAGACGGACAGAGCAUCAUUGAAGCUGAGGUGAAAGACCCUGUUGAACCCAGUAGAAGUAUGCUAUGAGUAAUUAGAUCAAUGCAGCGCGCUGAGAUAGGUGCAGUACCUGGUCACUGAGGCAAUUGUCAUUC